AUGGCUCUUGACACUUUAGACCUCGGAGUUCUGGCUGCCAUAGUCUUGGCUAUAGUUAUCUACUUCACCAAAGGAUCUCUCUGGGGAAAAUCAGACGGCGAAGACGUGUCUGUGCCACGCGGAUCUUCAAGGGAUUUGGUUGAAGUUCUCUCUGCUAACAACAAGAAGGCUUUGGUCUUAUUUGCCUCCCAGACCGGUACAGCAGAGGACUACAGCCACAAGUUUGCGAAAGAGUUCCAAUCUAGAUUUUCCAUCCCAACCAUGUGUGGCGAUCUCGCGGAUUACGACUAUGAAAACUUAAACGAGAUCUUUACGAGCGUUGACGGAUUUCAGCUUGUCAUUUUUUUCACCGCCACAUAUGGAGAAGGUGAGCCUCCUGACAAUGCUGUGGAGUUCUUCGACUAUUUGGAAAAUGAGUGCGACGACUUGUCCAACCUGAAGUUCUCGUGCUUCGGUCUUGGAAACUCGACUUACGAGUUCUACAAUGCAAUGGGAAAAAAAACUGUUUCUACUCUGACUGAAAAAGGUGCCACUCUUGUUGGUGAGCUGGGUCUUGGUGAUGAUGGAAGAGGAACUAUGGAUGAGGAUUAUAUGGCAUGGAAAGACGGCUUGUUUGACAUCUUGAAAGACCAGUUGAGUCUCGAGGAGCAUGAAUUGGUGUAUGAGCCUCAGAUUAAGAUCGAGGAGAGUGUUCUUACUAUUGACUCUCCAGAGGUCUCGUUGGGAGAACCAGAUGCUAAAUAUAUCAACCCAUCUCAAGAGGAAGCGCAAUCCCUGAAUGAAGGGCCAUUCGACCACACCCAUCCGUACUUGGCUCCGAUCACUGUCAGCAGGGAGCUAUUCAAUUCUGAUAGCAGACACUGUAUUCAUGCUGAGUUUGACAUCUCUGAUUCCAACCUGAAGUACACCACCGGUGACCACUUAGCGAUUUGGCCUUCGAAUUCCAAUGAACAUGUGUUCAAGUUUUUGGAUAUUCUUGGCCUUUCCGAGAAAAAAGACGUUGUCAUUGAUAUCAAGUCAUUGGAUCCAACUGUUCACCCUCACCUAAUUUCUCCAAGCACUUAUGAAGCUGUUGUGAGACACUAUUUGGAAAUCUCAGGUCCUGUUUCUCGUCAGUUUGUGGGCUCGGUCGCUCAAUUUGCUCCGACCGAGCAAGCUAAGGCACACGCAAGCAAACUCGGAAAGGACAAGGAGCUAUUCCACGAAGAAGUGACAGGCAGGUAUCUUAACAUUGCUGACCUUUUGCAUGUUUUGAGUGACGGAGUUAAGUGGACCUCAAUUCCGUUUGCAUUCAUUAUAGAGUCCGUUGCUCAUCUACAGCCAAGGUACUAUUCUAUUUCGUCUUCCUCCCUGAGUGAUAAGCAGUCUAUUCAUGUCACUGCAGUUGUUGAGCAGGAGAAGUAUCCAAACGUUGAUCAUAUAGUUACUGGCGUGGCUACUAACUUGCUUUUCAAUAUCCAGCUGGCUCAAAACAAAGUUUCUAACGUCAAACCUGUUGUGACUUACGAUCUUGCGGGCCCGAGACAAAAGUUUGCUCCAUUCAAGUUACCUGUGCAUGUGAGAAGAUCUACAUUCAAGCUCCCUUCCAAUCCCGCCACUCCGAUAAUCUGUAUUGGCCCGGGAACAGGUGUGGCUCCUUUCAGAGGUUUCAUUAGAGAGAGGGUUGCACAGACUGCUAAUGACAUUAGUGUUGGUAAAACACUGCUUUUCUUCGGCUGCAGGAACUCCAAUGAGGAUUUCCUUUACAAAGACGAGUUUGUUGAUUACUCGAAGAAAUUAGGCGAGAAAUUUGAGCUGGUGACUGCCUUCUCCAGAGAAACUGCAGAAAAAGUUUACGUUCAACACAAAAUGCUGGAAAGAGCCAAGGAAAUCAGCGACCUGCUCAACGACGGUGCAUUCUUCUAUGUUUGUGGUGAUGCUGCCAGAAUGGCAAGGGACGUCCAGAACGUACUAAUCAGGAUCAUGAUGUCUGAGCGCAAGGUAACUGAGUCGAUUGCCACAGACAUGGUGAAAAAUUUGAGGGUUCUAAAUAGAUAUCAGGAAGACGUGUGGUAA